AUGUCCUCAUCAAGCUCAGAUGCGGAAAGUAAUAGCUAUCAAAGCGACGACUCAGAUUGGAAUUCUAUUCCCGGUCCAUAUAUAAUAAAGAGACAGAGCGAAGCGGCUGCGAAUAUAGACGACCAAACUACAGACGAAACGUCAGAACUUGGUCCGUAUGCCAAUGAACCGGCGGCUGACGAAGAGUGGCUCGCUAACUACCGUGAAAAAAAGCAAACUUAUGACGAGCGUUUAAAGGAAUUUCAACGGAGACUUGAUGGUUCUAUCGAAGCACAGUCUACAGAAGUUUUGUGUGGUUGGUUUUUGGGCAUCUGGGAAAUAGAAGCCGUGUGCACAGGUGGUUGUAAGAAUGGUGGCAAAUGUAUCGCUCCUAACUCUUGUCGCUGUGCAAUUGGUUGGACAGGAUCUCUGUGUAAUAGCGAUAUCAAUGAAUGUGCGACAAGUCAGAAUCAAUGUGGAUACAAGCCUGGAUGUAGAAACACGCAGGGUAACUACACCUGCAAUUGUGCUUCGGGCUAUUACUUGAAAGAAGAUUUGCGAAACUGCGAAGAUAUCGAUGAGUGUAUUGCCGGCAACUAUUCCUGUGGAGCGAACUCCAGAUGCGUCAACGUUCCUGGAAAUUACAGUUGUCCCUGUGUGAACGGAUUUGGCAUUUUACCGACAAGUAAUUCAUGUUUAGAUAUCGACGAAUGCAAUCCAAGCAGUGGUUAUGUGCACGACUGCCAGAUGAAGUGUAACAAUUUUGUUGGUGGAUAUAGGUGCAGCUGUAACAGCGGAUAUAACCUUACAUCAAAUGGAAAGAAUUGUUCCGAUCAUGAUGAAUGCGAGGGUAAUGUGCACGGAUGUGAGCAACACUGUAUAAACUUGCCUGGAGGUUACACGUGUUCCUGUUUACGAGGAUAUAGAUUGAAUACUGAAGAUGCGAAGACAUGUGACGAGAUAAAUGAAUGUUUGGAGAAUAUAUCCGGGUGUGCUCAAGAUUGUACGAACACAAUUGGUGGCUUCAAUUGUUCAUGUAAAAAAGGCUACUUCCUCGGCACGGAUCAAACGUCUUGUAUUGAUAUCGACGAGUGUUCAAAACAAGUGGAUUACUGUCACCACAUAUGUUCAAACACUCCAGGGAGCUACAAGUGUUCCUGCAGGGAAGGGUUUGAUCUACGUCUUGAUGGAAAAAGUUGUAUAGGUCGACCAUGUUUUCCGUUACACAAACCUGUAAAUGGAAUAAAGAACUGUACUGGUUACAGGACGGAUGAUAGAUGUAACUUUGGCUGUCUGCAUGGCUACAAUUUAAUUGGCUCCGUGGACAGAACAUGCGGCUCAAAUAAACAAUGGACGGGAAAUGAUACCAAAUGUAAAAUAAUUCAUUGCGUAAAUGCCAAAAGACCGUCCAAUGGCUUCGUGUACUCCCCGUGUUCCACUCAUUAUGGCUCAAAAUGCUCGCUUGGCUGCAAUGAUGGGUAUCGCAUUAACACUGACGUAAUUACCUGUGAUGCUAAUGGACUUUGGCAACCAACCAAUGUUUCCUGUGAAGAGAUUAAAGUUUGUCGACCCAACCCCUGCUUUCAUGAAGGAAAAUGUUCCAUAGUCAAUGGGGACUCCUAUAAGUGUGACUGUUCCAGCACUGGAUACAUAGGCAAUAACUGUGAAGUCGCUUAUUUUACAAUUUUUGAGUACCCCAUCAUAUUCCCCGAUGUUCUGUCGCCACUGAUAACGAUCAUUGCAUCACAACCAACCGACCAGGUCAUACUACAUCUGAUUAAUCGUAAUCUUGAAUUCACUCCAUCUGUGCUUAUUUUUCAUCGCAAUAGUUCAUUGAAUCAGUCUAUAACGGUUAAAGCUAAAAAAGAAGGGCUUUAUUUCAUAAAGUAUUCGCUAUCUGGUCCAAGCGCGGGAGAAUAUUCUCUGCCUGAAGAAGAUACUCUAUUUGUGAGCUCACCUAAAAAUUCAACCGAUACUUUUCAAAUGGGAAACAACAUAUUUCCUUUUCCAGCUGGUUGCCACAAAAAGCAAAUCGGAGUCGUUCAUGGAUCAAAACUUCCCAUUGUGGUUUCUUCAACAUCUUCUUUCGUUUCUUUUGGACCAUUGUCAGUGACCGAAGGCAUAGUCGGUAUUGAUGUCAGUGACUCUAGCAAACUACCUUUAUCCCUAGUUGGUCUAAAUCUACCUAACACAAGCAUAAUUUCUGAUGCGACCACCUGUGUCGACAAUGACGUCGUUCCUUAUAGUAUAGGGUCACUCUUAAGAUCACGUGUUCUGGCUAAAUCUUUCAUUGAUGCCAUAAAGAAUAGCUUGCCAUCGUGGAUAAAAGUUACGUUGAGUGAGGCAAAUUCGGUUAAAACGAUGUACUCCUCGGAAAAGAAGACGUACUUCCUAAAUGGAAAAAAUAUGCGCACGGCAAGCAUCGGGAAAGGUCUACCGGUAGUCGACGAAUCGUUUUAUUCCAUGCUUUCCACAAACAAUUUGAAUAUAACCGUGGAGAACAAUACUGAUAUUUUCAAAUCUAGGCUGAUCGCUUUGGCUGUGGAACUGGACGGAAAAUUGCCGUCGAAUGUUCUCUUGCGUUCUUCUUUGGAAAACGACGUUAUUAAAAACAUAUCUUUUUUGACGCAGAUUGAAAAGUUCGGGUGGAGUUUUGAAUUUUUUUCCCUUCAGAUUUCCAAGAACAAUUCAAUAGAAAGGCCAAAAAAGAAUGGCUUUUGGGACGGUGACAAAUUCUUCAACGUUAAAUCUUCGUCAGACGGUACGUUUGCAGCGGUAACGUCGCUUGAAAAACAUUUCAAGAAUACAACUUUCGCCGCUGAUUUAAGAAUGCAAUUUGAUGGAACUAUCAUUGCUCAUGUGGAAGAUAUUAACAAGAUCUUAGAUUCCCCGUUAUAUCAGCAAUGGGAUGUUGACCUAUAUGGUAAAAUAACUCUCACGAUUUUAUUCCAAAUGCAAGGAAAGACGGUCAACCUCCGUUUCAAAGGACAAGAAUCAGUUAAUUAUGCUGAUUUCGGAGGCAGCAACGAAAUACAGCAAGGAAAAAAAGGAUUCUUUCUCAGGACUAUUAUGGAAAAAGAUCCAUUUCUUAACACGUCCUUUGAAACAUUUCUCGAUAUGAGUGCCAAUAGGACAAUUUCAUGUUUUCUUGACACCGACUUGUAUAAGGAGAAGAAUAGUUUUAAUCAUGUAGAAGUUUCCAACGGACUAAGUUGUGUCUUUCGCGGCAACUUAAGAAUUGGUGAUUUAAAAUUUCAGCCAAUGCAGUUGAAUCUUCUUAUGGGCAGACCACUUCGUAAUAAUAACAAUGCCGAAAGUGCUAACAAGUCAACCGACGACAGUGUUCACCUCAUUGGAUCGUACGCCGAAUCGAAAAACGAAACAUUUGGCAUAUUCAAACGCUAUCCUGGUGGGUGCAUGAACGUUCGAUAUACAUUUUCACGACAUUCUCCAAACUUUGCAGGAUCGUUCUGUGCAAUUUCUAAAAUUUUAGGCGUGGAGAAGUUGUUAAAUGUUAGCAUUUCGUACGAAGGAUUAAAGUUUAAAACUAGUGGUAAAUUGCACGGAUUAUUCGAUGCGAGUAUGGAUUGCUCGUCUAGACUAUUGCCUUGGGAAAAUCAAAUCUUCAAUGUUGAGGGUCGAUUUGAAAGAAACAAAGAUGGAACCGAUUUUGCGACUGCGUUACAGAAAGAACUUGCUUCAUUUGCGAAAAACAUUAUAUCGCAGGCCUCAAAGCGUAUAGAAGCAGUCGAUGAAACAGUCAAACGGGCACAUACUAGAUUAGAGAAAGUACUGCUAUUAAAGACAAAAUCACUGAACACGUUACAGCAACUAAACAGCGACUACGCGUCAAUAUCGGAAAAUUUAAGAAUGGCCCAAAUCCGUUUAAAAUUCCUCAAAAUUCAGGCAAGGAAUUAUUCGAAAGAGCUUGAUCAAUUAAGUUCAGAUUUAGAUGGCAUGUGCAAGGUGAAAAAGUGUCCGAAGGUUUGUCACAAAGGCGUGUCCUGUACAACCUGCUACGAAUACAUUAUUGGAAACUCUAUGGGAACGUGUCCAGCAACUUGUUCCCAUACAAAACAGCACCGUGUUCCACCUCUUUCUGAAGUUGCAUCUUGCGUUAAAGAAAACUGCAAAAGAAUUCAUAGCACCAAUGGAUUUUUCAAAAUGGUAUUUGGGAAGAAACUUGGAGGAGUCAUGAAAGCGGGCUUUUCGAUCGGCAUAAAAUUUCUGGCUACCGGACUCGGAGUACCACCACCACUUGCUGGCGCUAUAGCAGGUGGUCUCACAACACUGGUAGAUACUGGAAGAGUCGGAGAUGCAAUUUGUGCUUCAAUACGGGGAGCUCAUGGUGGAGCCAUAGCUGGAGACAGUUCUCUACCUUUUUUGAUAAAUUUUUCAAAGGAAACCGCAGUUAAAAUUGGAAGAAUUCUGCCGGGGGGCUUAUGA